AUGGUCAACUGCACGACGCGCGACAUCCCAUGCAAGUACACGCUGAACGCGAUGCCGCGGGCGACGGGGUCUGGAUCGUCGCGCGUCGCGCGUAGGAGGAUGGUCACUGCCGGCAACGGCGGGACCAACAGCAACGGAAAUGGCAGGAACGGCAACGACCACACGCGUCCCAUCGAUCGCGUGCGCCGCCUCGAGGAGCUCGUCGCCAGCUUGACUGCCGAUCGCCGGGGCAGAGCGCUUUCCACUGGCGGCAGUGUCGGGUCUGAGGGGGCCGAGACUGGGUGCGCGCGCUCCAGCGUCUCGGCUGCGUCCACGACUGAGGGGGAGCUACGCAAGCCCGUGGUAUCGACGACGGCGUCGUCUGGCGAGUUGCCCCCGUUGCUCGCUGACCGCUUCGGCAGGCUCGAGGUCAAUGGUGGUGAUGGCCAGGUGGUCUAUUUGUCUGCAGCGCAUUGGGCCACCAUUUGUGAUGAGGUGCGUUGA